UGCACUUCCAGGAGACCUCUGAAGCCAAGGAAAACCCUAGCCCUUCAUCGCCGCCGCCGUCCGCAGGUCCUCAGCGCCGCCGCCGCUUCCUCUUCCCCGUGUCGUUUUCAUCUUUGCUGGCACGUCGUAUUCAUCUUCGCUGGCACGUCGUUUUCAUCUUCCUCUUCCCCAGGUAGCUCGGCACGUCGUUUUCAUCUUCGCUGGCUUCUCGGCACGGAACCCAGGUUGAACCACCGGUUGGACCGGUUGGACCAAUGAACCAGUGAACCAGUGACUAAAGCGGUUUGAUAACCGGUCCGGUUUUCAGAACCUUGGUUCUCUCCCUCACUUACCCCCUUUGCGUGGUGCCCUAACCCAGAAUCAGAACCCAUCUCACCUCUCUCUUCUCUCGCCACUCUCUCCCUCAAGCUCACGUCACCCCCUCAAGCUCGUCGCUGCCUCAAGCUCUCGUCGCCGCUCAAGCUCUGUCGCGCUCUGUCAUAGUUCGUAAGCUCGCCUUCCUGCUUCGGCCAUCAACGCUUCCUCGGCCCUGAGUCUGGGUUUAGGGUUUCAGCUUCGGCCCGGGCCUUCCAUCAACGCUUGCUUCGUCUCUCUGCCUAUUGAAGUGAAGCUUGCUCUCUCUCUCUCAAUCUCACAUCCUCACUCAGCCUCCGCAGAGCCGCAGAGGCACUCUCUCUCACACUCACGAUUCCGGCUCCUCUGCCUCCUCGUUGCCUCAGCCUCCUCGUCGCUGCGUCGUCGUCUCGCCUCAGCUUGAUUUCUCUCCUCUCGCCGGCUGCGUCACCGCGCCACACGCGUCUUCCUCUGCGUCACUGCGCCACACGCGUCUUCCUCUGCGUCACUGCGCCACUCGCUCGCGUCUUCCGGCUGUGCUUACACUGUUCCGCCGGCCGUAUCUCGGUUCUCUGUCUCCCUCUUCUCUGCGUGCGAUCAAGUUGCAAUGGUUAUCUUUUGCUGAUUUUGACCAUCUCUACCUCGUGCCUCUUCUGGCUUUGGUUAUGUGAUCGGAAUACUGUGACAUUUUAUUGGAAAACUGAGCUUUGGUUCGAUUUCUGGACUUCUGCAGAGCUGCAGAAGGAACACAAAGGUUUCACAAAUUCAGAACACCAAAAAUUUCCAUAAAAUAAAAAUAAAACAUUUUUAAUCAACCUUUAGUUUUGAUCGAAUCUGUGAUGCAACUUUUCUUGCAUCAUCAAUGGGUUACCAAUGCGUCCGGUGUAGCUUCCCAAUUAAAUCACUCUACGUUCAGUAUUCCCCCGGCAACAUUCGAUUGAUGAAAUGCGAGAAAUGCAAGGCUGUUGCAGAUGAAUAUAUAGAGUGUGAAAUCAUGAUUCUUAUGAUAGAUUUGAUGCUUCACAAGCAAAAGGCUUAUAGACAUCUUCUGUACAAUGUCCUCAAUCAACAAACAUUGAAGUUUGAGGGGCUACACUGGAAAUUGGCCAUUAUUUAUUUUAUUUUCGAUGCUUGUAUUCAUUUGUAUGUAGAAGCAAGGAACUCAUCUUCAUUAGUGUCAACAUCUUGCAAGGUGUUCAUGUAUGUCGUCUUUGGGAACAUCAUGUUUCUUCUGACUUUCUUCAUUAUGGUUAAGAUAUUUCUCAAUGCAUCAAUCAACAUCUCCAGAUUCAAUGACCUUUUGCUCACAAUCAUGAUAUCGUGUUACUUCAAGAUUUUUCUUAUUGCUAUGUUGGUCUGGGAAUUUCCGACUUCUGUCAUCUUCAUCAUAGAAUUAUUUUGUUUAUCAUCUAAUGCCGUGGCAUUGAACGAAAACCGCUUAUCGUUUUCUUAGCUGCAUGUCAACACUGCUGUGGAAAAUGAUGUCUGAAUAUGAGAAACAUGCUUGACAAGGAAAGCUGAUAAACAAUUUUUCUGUGAUCCAGUGAUGACUGAAUCGAGUAUGAGUCGAUGUGUUUGGGCCUGCUUCGGUGCAUAUGCUGUAAAGCUUUUUGUCACUCAAGUUCUAGAUCUUAGAUUUUUAGAGCAGUUGAUAAAAGGGUGGAUUCAAAUGUCCUCCUCUUCAUGAUCUCUUAAUUUAUAUAUUAGUAGCAGAAUUUUGAAGUUAGAAAUUGUAUAUUCAAUUAUCAUAUACUUGUUAAUAGAAAUAGUUAGUUUUUUCAGGAUAUAAGAGAUAGAUGGAUAUGAAGUUGUGAACACUGCCAUGUCUUAACUUUGUCCAGAAUAAUAUCAAUGAAACAAAGUUUUGAUGCAGAAAGUGAUAUUUUAGAAAUAACUUGAAAACCAUUGAGCAUUUGUACAUUUGAUUCUUUUGAGGAUUUGAUUGCUAAUAUGAUGUGUAUGGGUCUUGUCUAUA